UGUCUAUAUUAGCAACAAGAUGGUGAAAAUUCCUGCUGAGAUGUGAAAUGUUUUGCUGGAGACAAUCAAGAUACAGUUAUUCUGACUACAUGAACUAAAGCUACGGAACAUGGAGCCUGACCCAGAUGAACAUUCUCACCCUGGGGAGGAAGGGCUAGUAUGGACAGAAGAACAUGCACAGCAUUCUAUAGGUAAAGACCCCAAGGCAGGCUAUAACAAGUUUACGGAGCAGGCACGAGGGAUGAUUUCGCAGGAAAAAAUAUGCGCCCUUUUCUGCGGAGGGAAGAAGUGCAAGUACUGUAGCCCAGACUUAUGGCCAAAGGAAAAAAUGGUCAUCAAAGGACUGUUUUCAAGCUGGAUUACAGAGAACAUUGUUGCCAUGUCCAGACCAGCAGAUGAACUGAUAGACAAAUACGACAUCAUAGGCCAGUUUAAAGAGAUGGGUAUAAGAACUAUAAUAAACAUGCAGUCCCAGGGAGAACAUGCUGAUUGUGGUUACGGUAUAAAUAAGAAAAGUGGCUUCUCGUACAGCCCACAGCGGUUUAUGGAUAAUGGCGUUUACUUCUACAACUUUUGCUGGCCAGAUUAUGGUGUGGGGUCGCUCAGCUCUAUACUUGACAUGGUGAAGGUCAUGCAGUUUGCUGUAUCAGAGGGCAAGGUCGCUGUCCACUGUCAUGCUGGUCUAGGACGUACAGGGGUAAUGAUCGCUACCUACCUGGUCUUCACUAACAGAAUCUCCGGUAACCUUGCCAUCCACUAUGUCAGAUCUCAGAGACCACAUUCAAUACAAACACGAGGACAAAUGGAAAUCAUACAGGAGUUUGAAGCCUAUCUAAAGCCAUUUAGAAUUGUUUUUGCUUCAAAAGCUAAGGACACACAUGAAUUUACACUAAUACACUAUUUGAAUAGACAGAAACAUGUUUUACAUGGUUAUGAGGCUAGGAAAUUGAAAUUUGUGCCAAAGAUAAUAUAUAUUUCGUGUGAGAGAUUAUUAGAACUAGCACAGCUAGGAAAUUCUUUAUCAAGAUUUAUAAAAUCUAGUGAGAAUGAAGUUCAGAAGGAACACUUAAAAGACAUUCCAGAAGAAGAAGAGGUAGUGGCAGGACUUCCGCGUAACGAGUCCCAGUCGUCACUAGAUGAACUGGCCACAUCAUCUACGAAGAACAUUAUGCCACAGAAGGUUAAGUCCCCUCUCGAGAGAACCAGGAGUCUCACAAUGGAGGAUCUGAAAGAUGAAAAACUGAAGUCAUUGCAAGUGCCUUGUGACAAUCUGUCUGACACCAGCUCGAGAAACCUAUCCCCAGACACGAGUCUGGACGGGGACCAGGGGGAAGAGGUCUCCAAGUCCAAAUCGGCUAACUCUAGAAGGAAAUACACCCCUGGUGAUGUAGCCGCGGAACUAGGUGCUACCUCCUACUCAGCAGAGGUGUACACCAAGGCUGAUAAACACGAGACGGACCUUAACGAAAAAGAUAAUGCAUGGGCUGAGCUUUCUCAAGAAACAGAUCCCGGAGUUGUCUCCCUCAUCUUGUGGGAAUGGCUGGACCAGCUAAAGGAACCUGUCCUAAGAAUGCAGGAUCUCAAAAGCAUGCUACCUUAUAAAGGUGACCCUGAAACAGGGCUGCAGAAACUGGAGAAGGGGCCCCGAAACACCAUUCUAUACAUGGUGAAGGUGAUAGAGAAACUUCGACCAGUCAGUGAGGAUGUCGAGGCUAAGAUCUACGAGAAACUACUGUCCUAUCUCACACAGCAAUGGGUGACGACAACUACCGACCCGAUGAGUUCAACGGAGAGUUGGGCCAUGGCGACGCGCGACAGUAACGACGACCGGGAGAAUGAUCGGGACCACUGGAUGGACAUGAGACCUUCCACUGCCAGGGAUCUCACAGACUUCUUCAAGAAACUACAAGAGUUUGGGCUACGCUCACUUACAUUCUCUGCUCCCCAGGAAUAUGCCAUGACAGAAUUGAAGGCAGUGGAUUAGCUAUUUGACUGGUUUUGGAUAAAAAAAAAACACCUGAUGAUGACAGAGGAGCGCCACCGGCUAGUCAAUUUUACCGUUACACUUCCCCGUAAUUCUUUUGAUGUACAUCAAAGCAUCAGCCAAGUCUGCUUGUAUCAUCCACAAGGUGGUGCAUACCGAGCCUGCAGUGAUUUGGUCAUGACAUAUUCCAGGGGUGCAGAAACCUAAGUGACUGGGUAGCUCUUGGACUUUCUCGAGGAUGUUAGUGUGUACAUGCAUAGUAUGAAGAACGUAUAUCCGUCCAAUAAAGUUUGCAAUCAAUUAAUAUGUCAAUGUUUAUGUUAAUGUAAUUAGCUUGAAUCUCACACACACUGAGAUUUAUGUUUUUGAUGAAAUUGGAUUUUUCCUGUUUUUAUUUCAAUUCAACUUAAUUAAAUAAAUUUGUCUUCUCACAAAAGCUAAAACUCUUGAUUGUCUUUUUUCCUGAUGCCUGGGGUAAUACUUACAUAGCUGGCACUGCCUUUUUUCCUGAUAACUGGCGUGACACUGUAGCAUAGCUGGCACUGUCUUUUUUUCUAGAUGAAUAGGGUGACACUGUCACAUAGCUGGCACUGUCUGGUUUCCUGAUGACUGGGGUAACACUAGAGUAGCUGGCACUGUUUUUGCU